UGCCAUAGUGAAAAAUGUAUUUCCUUCCAUCUGUCCAUUUUAUAAUCGUAUCAUUCUGUAAAAGGUUGCAGGGAAGCUGGAGCCUAUCCCAGCAAACAAUGGGCAAGAAAGCAGUAUAUACCCUGGGAAGGACACCAGUCCAUUACAGGGCGCACACAGACUUCCACACAUCCACCACAGGGCCGGUUUUCCCAAAAGCCAAUUAACUUACCGAAUGUAUUAAUAAAAAUGCAAAGUAAGCAUCAUGGAACACAAAGAAGAUAUUGCUGUAGUAGGCAUUGGAUGCAAUUUCCCAGGAGGUGAGGGAAUAGACAACUUCUGGAAGGUUCUUCUGGAGGGAAGGAACUGUGCAGUGGAGAUCCCAAACGAGAGGUUCAGCAGCAAGUCCUGGUACGAUCCUGAUAACAGCAAGGCAGGAAAAUCACGGACUACUAAAGCAGCUCUCAUUGAUGGGUUCAACACAUUCGACCAUAAGCUCUUUGGCAUUACUGAGGCUGAGGCUGACCGCAUGGAUCCUCAGCAGAAACUGCUCCUGGAGUGCACCUACAGGGCCCUAGAGGAAGCUGGGAUACCAACAGAGAAAGCCAGCGGAACCAGAACAGGAGUUUACAUUGGUCUCAUGAACAGAGAUCAUGAAAUGAUUUUAAGCAACAGUCCCGCCACAAUAAACCACUACAAUGGCACGGGGACAGCAAUGAGCAUCGCCGCCAAUCGGAUUUCCUACACCUUCAACUUCACGGGGCCCUCGUUCGCCAUCGACAGCGCCUGCUCCUCUUCGCUCGUGGCUCUUCACUCUGCCUGCCAGGCCAUCAGACAAGGGGACUGCGAAAUGGCAAUUUGUGGAGGUGUCAGCUGCAUCAUCGAGCCACGAAUGUUUGUCGUCCUCAGCAAAGCAAACAUGAUUUCGCCUGAAGGCACCAGCAAGCCCUUCUCCAGCAAAGCAGAUGGCUAUGGAAGAGGGGAGGGCUGUGGGAUUGUCUUACUGAAGCCCCUGCAAAAGGCUAAGAGGGAUUUUGACCACGUGUGGGGCAUCGUAUGCAGCACUGCUGUAAAUCAAGAUGGCCGCUCUGUCACCCCAAUCACCAAACCAUCCAUGGCCCAACAGCAGGAGCUCCUUCGCACAAUUUACCCUGCACAGAUUGAUCCAUCACAUGUCCAGUACGUGGAGGCUCAUGGGACUGGAACCCCGGCAGGAGAUCCCACAGAAGCUGGCAGCAUCUCCAACGUCAUAGCCAAAGCCCGCCCCCCAGGAUCCCCAGCGCUUUGUGUCGGCUCUGUGAAAGGUAACAUUGGGCACACCGAGUCUGCAGCAGGGGUGGCAGGGCUCGUCAAGGUCCUGCUGAUGAUGCGCCAUGAAACCAUUGUCCCCUCCCUCUUCUAUUCUGAGGACAACGCAAGUAUCGAUGCCAAAGCCCUGAAUCUCAAAGUCCCUACCGCAGCAGAGAAGUGGGUAGAGACUGGGCCGCUGGGAAGGGCUGCAGGCAUCAAUAACUUUGGCUUUGGAGGCACCAACGCUCAUGCUGUCGUGAAGCAGUACAGACAACAGCAAGAUGUUAGGUCAAGAACUAACACUGCGCCCAAACUGUUUGUUCUGUCCGCAGCCACAGAAAGGUCUCUUAAAAUGAUAAUAGAAGACACUGUCCAAAAGAUCAGCAAUGACAAGACAGUUGACCUGCAAGCUCUAGCUUAUACAUCUGCAUGUAGAAGGACUCACUUGAGGCACAAAUACAGAAGAGCCUUUGUUGUAUCUUCUAUCAGUAAUUUAGUAGAGCAACUUAAAUCUGCAACAACCAAGAGCAUUGCUCAGUCAAAGUCCAUCCCGAGGUUGGUUUUUGUGUUUUGUGGCAAUGGAGUUACCUACCGAGGCAUGUGCAAGCAGCUAUUACAAGAGGAGUGCGUUUUCAGGGAGAAGGUGAAAGAGAUAGAUGAGAUUUUCCACAACUAUAAGAGCAUGAAUCUCCUGGAGAAACUAGACAGUGAUUAUGACAACGAUGAGUACUCCAAACCAGAUGUUGUCCAGCCACUUCUCUUUGCUGUCCAGGUUGCUAUUGCCAGCCUUUUCAAGCACUGGGGUGUCAAAGCAGACGCCAUGGUUGGGCACUCUGUGGGAGAGGUGGCUGCUGCACAUUGUUCUGGACUGCUGUCCCUGGAGGACGCAGUUAAGGUCAUUUACUUCCGCAGUACUCUUCAGGCCACAGCGACUGGCGGGAAAAUGCUUGUGGUCAGUAACAUAAGUGUGACAGAGAUCUUAAAACUCCUGCCCGCAUAUUCAGGGAAACUUUGUCUUGCUGCCUACAACAGUCCUAGAUCAUGCACCUUGUCAGGGGAUCCAGAUGCUAUAGAAAGUAUACAUCAGAAAUUGAAAACAUCAUUUAGCAGCAAGAAUUUAUUUCUUCAUGUUUUAGACGUUCCAGCUGCCUACCACAGCCACAUGAUGGAUCCAAUUUUAAGGCCAAUUGAAGAGAAUGUCGGCAUGUUGACACAGGAACCAAUGGAGGUAGAGCUGUUCUCAACUGUGACAGGAAAAAUGUGUUCUCCAGGUGAUUUUAUCACAGGCGAAUACUGGGCAAGAAACAUUCGAGAGCCAGUAGCUUUUGAGCAGGCAGUGAAAUCUGCUGCGAAAGACAAGAGGAAUGUAGUUUUUAUAGAAAUUGGUCCAAGAAGAGCACUGCAAAGGAAUAUCCUGGAGACACUAGGGAAUGAGGCCACGGUAUUCUCAUCCGUGCAGCCAGACAAAGACCAUGAGGCAAUGCUCACUGUCAUGUCAAAGCUUUUUGAGUUGGGCCUGCAAGUCAACUGGGACCGACUUUAUGAAGGACAUGAGACAAUACCAACACCAUUUCCAAGGUAUCAGUUUGACAGUCUGAAGAAAGAGGUGUACUUUGAGUUGGUAAGGAAAGGCAAUGAAACUGUGUCAGCUUCCAAUCACCCUGUGCUGAUGCAGACCAGCAAUGACGACAAAGAAUUCAGUUGCGACAUUUCAUCAGAUGCUGCAUCUUAUAUAUGUGAACAUAAAAAUAAUGGUGUUGUUAUAGUUCCUGGUGCCUUCUAUGUUGAAAUGGGAUUGGCAUCAUUCAAGGCCAGUGUGAGACCAAAAGUACCACUCAGGUCACUACAGCUCACCAUUCAUUUCCAGAGUCCUUUCAUUGUGAGCAAAAACUCACCUGAGAUGAAAGUACAGCUCGAACCAACACACAAUCUGACAAUGUUUAAAGUAAAGUCUGCAGUAGCCACUUAUGCUUCUGGAAGAAUUGAGUGUAGUGCAGAAAGGACUGUCGAAGAAAAGAAAAUCUUACUGGACUUUAUCUUCAAGAGAUGUCACUUGGUCAUCAAGUCUGAAGAUGUCUACAGAACUCUUGCUCAGAUAGGGUUUCAGUAUGGCUCGGUCUUUAGAAACCUUGGAGAUGUGCUCUAUGGGGAAGAGUUCAAGGAAGCUCUCACUAGAGUGAAGGUCCCAGAUGAAACUUUAAACCAGCUACAUGACUAUUGUAUACACCCAAUAGUGUUAGAUUAUUUCUUACAGAUGACCGCUGUUGUAGCAGCCAAAGGAUUUAAGACAAGACCUGGGUUUCCUUCAGCCAUAGGGAGCCUAACAGUUUUAGAGCCAUUGGAAGAAGAAAUGGUGAUGUAUUUAAGGACAACCAAAGCAAACUCUGACUAUCUUGAGGUGUGUGGUUGCUUCACAAACAAAAAAGGCUGUGUUUUAGUUGAACUUAAACAUGUGAGGAUGACUUUUUUAGGAAAUACAUCUUCAGUUUCUGAAAAAUACCUCUUUCACAACGAGUUAACGACAGUUGCAGAGGAUUUCAACUCUAGCAACAGGUCAGUGGCUCUGGUCUUUGCAGACCAGUUAGGAGUGGCCCAGGCCUUGCGACAGCACUUACAUCACAACUGUACCUACAUUCCCUUCCAAGACUCUAGGAAAUUUGCAGACCGUGAGCUUCCUGAAUUGAUUUCACAAUUACAUGUUCCAGGCAAGCAGUACAAAGAGGUUUUGUUUUUGUGGGGGAUACAGAACCUCAAUAAUCUGACAACAGAGGAGGUUCUUGAGUGCCUAGUUUGCUGUUGUGAAGUCUACUGCCAGAUUGUUAAAACCAUGAAAGAGAAAAAAUCCCCUAAUCUCAUCAGAGCUGUCACGUACAGAUCAACAGAGAACACAGUUGACCACAUUACCCCAGGGUUUGUGCUUUCCGGUAUGACAAGGUCUUGUGCAGCAGAAAUUCCAAGUCUCACAUUCCAGCUGAUCGAUAUUGGUUCUGUAAGUAGCGAGGACAUUACAGCACUGGCUCAGAUUAUUAAUUCACACACAGGCCACAGGUACCCAGAAAUUGUAAUAAGCAAAGGUCAGAUUUUCACAACUGAAAUUACACGUACAACAAUAAGAAAUAUAAGUCAAUAUCAAAGGAAGGCCUUGUCUUCAGAUCCAGAAUGUUUCACUCUGCAGACUGCUAAUCCGUACAAAAUGACAGGCCUGAGUGCCAGUCCCUCUACUGAUACGGAGAAACCUUCUAUGACACAAUGUGUAGAGGUUCAGAUGAAUACAAUGUGUGUUCACUCUUCAGAUUACUUUCCCGUCAGCCUCUCAGAUUUGGAAUUUGGCCAGACGAUAUACUGGAGUGAACACGCAUCUCAAAACCACAAACUCCUAGCACUCGACUUCAGUGGUAAAGUUACAGCUGUGGGUAGUGAUGUAAGCAAACUGAAAGUAGGAGAUCACAUUGUCUCCUGCUACCCUGUGGUUGCUUCCUCCAAAGUCACAAUUCCUGAAGCUGUGUGCUAUAAUACAAAGAAAUUCCCCUUUCUUGUGGAAGUGCCAUGUUUAUCCUACUUUAUACUGUCUUGGGAAAUCCUGCAUUGUGCAUUGCCCAGACUGAAACAGCAGAGGAAGCUGGGCAUUGUCUGCACUGCACCAGAGUCAAGCCUGCUCCAGGUUUUGGUGCUUGCAGCUAAUAAAUCAGGAUGGGUUACUGUAGCUGGAACACAGUUCAGUGGACUGUUACAGAACAUAAACAGGUGUGAUGCUUUCGUUUUCUUGCCUCCCUUUGAUGCAGAUUCAGUUGCAAAGGCAUGUAGUGUUUCUAGUGCCAAAGAUGUCAUUGUUGUCUGUGAUAAUCAGCUGUCACCCUCCAUCUCACAGAAAAUCUUUCCAAGUAAAAAUGAAAAUGUUCACAUUUUGCCCCUUCAGGUAUUUAAUAUUUUUCAAAAGGCCUAUCUCAAGAAACAAAAAAGGAAAAUCUUUAGCUGGAUAAAAUCGUUGAAUUUGGAAAAGAAAUCUUUACAUCUCAACCGUAUCACAUUGGGCAGCACUGACUUCCUACACCUUCAAGGCCCUGAAUCUUAUUUCUGUUGUAAAACUGUGCCUGUAAUUGUGCUGGCUUGGGCACCAAAGAAGAUCAUUUCUGAUAUUCCAGUGCUCGAGAUUGAAAAGCAGCUUUUCCAGCAAAACUCAGUUUAUAUGGUGACAGGGGGACUUUCAGGUUUGGGAUUUGAGACGGUGAAGUUUAUUGCAGAACGGGGAGGGGGGUGUAUCGUCAUUCUUUCCAGAAGUGCUCCUUCAGCAGAAAAGCGAGUAGAGAUCACUAGUCUACAAAAUCAAUUUGGAGUCUCUGUUAUUAGCUUGCAGUGUGAUGUUUCAGUUUCCGCACAUGUUAUGAAAGCCAUCACUGACAUUGGACAGAGGUUUCCUUCUUGUCCCAUCAGAGGGGUUUUCCACAGUGCAGUUGUCUUGCAUGAUGGAUUAAUUGACAUUCUGGAAAAAUCACACUUUGAAAAAGUUCUGAGACCUAAGGUUAAUGGUGUGCUAAACCUGCAUUAUGCAACAAGAAACUGUAAACUAGAUUACUUUGUAUGUUACUCUUCCAUUACAUCAUUCAUUGGAAAUUCUGCUCAAACAAAUUAUGCUGCUGCAAAUUCAUUUCUGGAUGUGUUUUGCCAUUACCGGAGAAACCUUGGACUUUCUGGACAAUCCAUUAAUUGGGGGGCCUUGAAUCUUGGUCUCCUACUGAACCAGGAACAUUUACAACAAUUUCUUGAGACAAAGGGAAUGAUGACCAUGGAAGUACCAGAGAUUCACGAGUGUCUUAAACACUGCUUGCUGCAAAACAAUGCUCAGCAGGUUGUGUGCAAGUUUAGCUUCAGGAACCUAAGCAAUCAUGUUCUUUCUCAAAAUGCCUCUUUAAGAAUGCGCUUACAGACUUUGGUGACAGAAGAACUGAACAACACUAAAGUAACAGAAUCACAGGCUGAAAAUACUCUCGUCUCUUCACCCGAUGAGUAUGUUAAGUCUCUGCUCUGUGAAGUAGGUAAUGUUGAUCUUGAUGAGAUGAGAAAUGACACAACUCUUUCUGCACUGGGUAUUGAUUCAAUGUUAGCAAUGACUCUGCAAAACCGCAUCUUUCAAGAAAGAAAAAUGAAUGUUCCACUUGUAAAACUUCUUGAUCCGAAUGCAACAGUUUCUUCUCUGGUGUUGGUUCUCCAGGAAAACAGAGAAACAGAUUUUCAGAAUGAGGGUAAGAAUAAUUCGUUAAGGAAAGACGAUAAAGAUGAAGAGGAUGAGUACACACAGUUUUAAACCUUUUUCACACAACACUACCUUUUAUAGCUGGUAUCCAACAUACCUGAUAUAGCACUAAAUACUGUAUUUUUACACGUAUUUUUUAGUAUAAUCUUUUUCAAAAAGGCAUAGAAUUUUAGACUAAAAAAAUGAAAAACAAAACGUAUUAAUUAAUCAUUAAUGCAGAAUGGUUCUUGUCCGCCAAGAAAAUUCAAUGUUUUAUUUGGAUGUGACCUUUGUUAGUCUGUUGGUCCUUCAGUGAAACUACAGGUAUAUCACAUAAGAGAAGAAUGAUUUUAAGAAUGGGAAAGGCAGAUGUUUUCACAGACAAUUAUUGGAACCAUGUUCAUGUUGCCAUGUUGCUGAUACUCUGGUACCCUUAGAUUAAAGUCUGAAUAAGAUCUGCAGAUCAGUUAGCUGCUAGCAACUAAAGGAGCUAAAUCAUUACCAAAACACCUCCUUUCCAAAAAGUAUCAUCAGUAAGGAUGCUAAAAGCACUUUAAAUAUAGGAGACGUCUCGUUUCUUGUACCACUUGGGUGAUAUUUGGUAGCCAUUACCAAAUGGUUGUAGCAGCCACUCUUUGCCUUAGAUCAGGAAAUUAGUUUACCCCUUGAAUUAAUAGAGCUCCUUAGACUGGCCAGAUUGUGAAAACCCAAAGUGCAAAUUACACAGGAGAACAGAAUGAACAACCUUAUUCCUAAAAAUGGAGCCAUGAGAUAGUCAUUGAUAAUAAGGGUAGGACCCCACUAUCGUCUCAUCUGGAAGACAGCAUUUCCUACAGCAUAGUGUUCCCUGUAUGUUUAUGAAGAGGGGAGAACUAAUCUAAAUUAGAAAGAAGACGAAUUUCUAAUAUUUCUCACCAUUUUUUUAAUCCUGCACCUUGUUUGUUUUAUCCAAACUAUCGGACAUUAUUGUACCCAUAUACGCCCAUGUUAUUUUUACUGCUUCUACAAAAUGUGAUGCAAUGGAGUAUAAUUUAAUUUGUAAAAUAUCUUUAUAUUCAGGUUUACGGUUAUAUUAUUUCGUAUUAAAUGUAAGUUAUCAGUCGUUAAACGAUUUAGGACAAUUUUUGUAAUAAUUAGCAAGAUUAUUACAUUUCACAGCAAUAAAUAAUUAGAAAAACAUUUCUUAAUUUUCUAUUCAAAGAUGAUAGUAAAUACAUUUUGUUGUGUUAGACUCAACAAAGAAAACCACACAUGGUUCUGAUGAAUCGAGUUUGGGUUUCUUUGUUGCACUUUUCAAUCACCUUUUCAACAAUAGGCUUCUAUUUCUAGAAAGAAACAGAAUUUCCACCGACUAAAUCAUACAUUUUCAUGAUUGAUCAGUAACAGUUUUUUGUCCUAUGAUGUGUUAACAAGGUCAGAAGGACAGGCAGCUCAGGUCAGCCUUGGGCAAUAAACAAAGACUUGAAGAGGAUGAAAACGUGUUCCCUUCAUGUCGUUAAAUCUGAGCGUAAGAUAAUGAAUUAUAUCUCCAAUCUCCAAUCAAGAGACUUUGGCAAGCCAGGAAUACGCAAAACAAUAAAACAAUUCUUAAAGGCUCAAAUGUUAAUUCAUAACAAACAUAGCUUCCUUCAGUUGGAAUUGUGUCACAAGAAAAAUAAAAUAUUCCUGACAGGUCGCAGGAUCAUUACUUUUAUAUUAAACAGUUCAGUUUUUUUAUGGAACUCCCUGCUCAUACAGUUGAAACUGUCUCUAUUGGUUUAAUGAGGAAAUCGACUGAUUCUUGCUUAUUAGCAACCAUAUAGCCAUAUAAUGGGGCUCUUUGUGCCAUUUUGAUGUUGUCAAUAUGAAGAAUGAUAAGCGAUGGAGAUUCUAGUAGAGAAUAAUCACGUUGUAAAAGGUGUCUGUAAUCUUCAUUUUGCCUGAACUGUAUAAUUAACAUGCAAGGACAAUUAAAUCAUCUUUCUCCAAUCUUAUGUUAAUCCACUAGAAAGCAGACUUUUUUUCCUAGGUACACCUGCUUUUCUCAUAUUUGGAAAUAUAUUAGUGUUUGACAAAUUUGCAUUGUAUAAAUUGAAAUGUAUAUUAUGCACUUUGUAAAAAGUUUUUAAUCACAGACCUUACCUGUAUAUCAUUGAAGUUUUUAAAUAUAUUAUAAAUCAGUGACGAAAAAAUUAUAUUAAGGAGCUGGUAGCCUGGCUGGAGAAACCGGAAACAUACUUUAAACUACACCCCUGCUAUAGUUUGUUUGUUACAACAUUAAAGUUGAACUGCAGUCCCAUUUUCACAGACCAGUCAUUAAUCUCGGUAACAAAAUAAAAUUCACGGUAAAGCAAAGUUUUAUAAAUUUCAAAUUAAGCACAAAAUCGUAUAUUUUGUGAAAGUACUGUAUAGCUGCCAAGUUGUUGAGUUUGUGCGAAUUGUAUAGUGAUGUGGCCCUUCCUGGUCACUAGUCACUGUAAUGACUAAUGUAAUGCUGUUUAUCAGCAAAACAAUCUUGAAGUUGUAAGCAAUAUUUCUAUUAAAUUGAAAGAGAUGUAUUCACAACCCUGCUGUUUACAAUGUAAUAGUGCAAUUUCAUGUAAUUGGGCGUUCUGCAAGUUUUUACAAGUUAGAUUUUAGAAGUUACUGUGUACAUUUUACUUUCAUUGGGGUUAGAAAUGCACUCAUUAAUGAUGAUUUUUUUAACCCUGAAAUUUAAAAAUGGCAUGAAUGGCUUCAUUCAUAAGAAGUACAAGAGCAGAAAAUCACUGGUUUGUUUAAAAUGACUGUGAAAUGAUACUGUUUGAUAAUUAAAAUCACUAAUACUGAGAUAAGUUUGACUUGUUCACUUGUUGAUUAAAGUUUCAAAAUAUUUUCUCCUCUAAUUGUAACUUCAAAUCCAUUCUUCUCAUUACCUGUAUUUGGCUACAGUGCGUUUGAGCUUUAUUUUUUCGCCAAGACAUUGCUCAAAAGAUCUGCAGUGCUGAAAAGUAUAAUAUAAUCAUUAAAUAACAACGCACUUGCAUGUUGUCUGAAACAUUAAACUACAAAAGUUAAAUACCUGAAGGCGGCACAUUGCUGCUUUGCAGUGCUGGGGCCCUGGGGGUCAAUUUCCUGGAUACAGUCUGCAUGGAGUUUGUAUGUUCUCCCCAUAUUGAUGUGAGUUUCUUCCCACUGCCCAUUCUGUCCAUACCAUUAUCCAUACCGGUAGGCUUCUGUAAAACUAGCCCCGAUGGGAAAGUGUGUGUGAGUGUGUUUGUGUCUGCCCUGAAAUGGAUGGGGACCAGGGUGAGCCCUGCUUGACUCUUGUUGUUUGCCGGGAUAGGUCCCCUGCACCCCUGAAUUGGAAGAAGCAGUUAGACAUGGCUGGGUGGAGGAACUGAAUGAUUUAUAAAAGUAUCUAAAACGAAGCCGGCGGCGGCGGCGCUGCUUAGUUUUUCCGGUAUUCUGUACAAUUGCCUGCAUUACUGCCAUCAAACAUGUCAGCGAUGAAAGCCAGGCUACUUCCGAUUUUACCACCCAGUCAAACCCUACAGGCACCUUGGUACUGAAAGUUAAUCUUCAUACACCAGCCUUAAGCUUUUCCUCACGUCGAUGCUGACAGGAAAAGCUGCCUCCUUUUGAAUUCACAUUCCCGUAAUAAAAAUGAAUGGCAUUCCUCAAUUUAUUUUUCCUUCUUCUCUGCUUUCUUUCACUUCGCCCCAUAGAACACCGACAUUCAUGAAAAUUC